AUGGGCCUCAGUAACUUAUUCUCCGGACGCACCGCCUCUGGCAACUUGCCUCCUCUGAGCGACUUCCGAGGUAAUAGCCCAAGACCCCUGACAUGGCAAGAGUCCAAGUUCUCGGCAGAGACAUAUCUCGAUGAAGAUCACGAUCCCCUUUUCCAAGCACUCGAAUCCACAAAUGAGGACCUUCGCCACCGUGUCGCAAAGCUGCAAACCAACACAGCACGUCUGAGGCGCGAAAUAUGGUUACUGCAACGGCAUAUCAAGGACUUCAACCAUCCUCUCUUCGAGAACUGGGAAGCCGACAUCCUGACCCGACUGAUUGAAGUCGCCCAUGGUACACAGCGCCGUGUGAUGCCCAUGUCCAUCAGCGAGGCCAAUACCGCUGAUCGGGAGAAGAUUUCGCGUGUCUACACCGAUGCUGCAAAGCAGAUUUGGCCAAACACCAUAUACCGACUUGGUCUUUCGAUGAUGUAUCACGAGGCGUUGCAACGAUACUCCGAGGUCGCUCCGUAUCGAAGCCCAAACCCAUUUCAGACCGAAGUUGCUUUUGCAAAGUGGUUGGUUGAAGAGAGGGAGAACAAGCCUGAGAAAUAUGAGUUUUGGGCCAAGCUGUACCCAGUUUGCUAUGGUCGGACGGUCGAAAAGAGUGCCUGCAUCUUCUAG